ACCCCAAGUAUCUGUGCAAAUGGUACAUUGAAUGGGAAAAAAAAAAAAAAAAAAUACGCCAAGUGGGGGAACCCCGCUCCGCCAGAAAUACGCUGCCAGUUUGCCUUGCGGGUGGAACUGAAGCAGCGUUCGCGGAUGUAGCAGCGAGGCCAAGUCAUGCAUGUGAUGUAGGCAACGCAGGUUAUGUAGAUGACGCGGGCGAUAACACCCCAGAUGACACUCUGCCCUUCCGCGUACGGUUUGCUCCCUUUGAGGUGGUUCUCCUCGCGGAAGGGCAAAACAGUUUGAGCACCUCCUCAGUGCUUCCACGGGUGUAACGCUGUGCCGGCGUGGCCCCAACGGUGAGCUUGACCGAACGGUUGGUUGACGCAGGUGAGAAGCACCCCAUUAGGAGCCCAUCCCCCAAGAGUAGAAUGACCGCCAGGAGGAAAAUCGCCAAGCGCCGGGGGAGGAGGAACCUCUUCCAGCUGUACCUGAGCAUGCGGGGGGAGAAGUGUCAGAUGGGUGAAAACCAGGAGGACGCCUAUGGGGAUCCCCCCCAUGGAAUUCCCUCAAGCAACCAAGGCAAUGCCCAACCAAGCGAACAACCCCAUAUGAUGCACCUAGAAAAGCAAGUCAAAAUGAAGCUGGAGGAACAGUCGAGCCUACUCUCCAUCAAGGGGAUUGACCGAGUGGACAUCCAACAGAAAAAAGGAAAACAUUCGAUCAUAUGCAUCCACUAUAUAAAAAACAUGUGCAUGAAAAAUUUGUUCUGCAAUUACCUGCACCAGUUGAUCUAUGCGAAAAUUCCCGCCUGUAAAAACUUCCUAAAAAAUAACUACUGUGCGGAUAGGGUACGCGGGUCUUGUCUCUUCCGCCACACGCUAGAAAAUGUAAAUUCGGGAGGAUUCGCAGAAGGGAAGGAUGAGCACCUGGAUGACGUGUUGAAACUGCUGCACGAGAAAAAUAUUUGCGUUAACUAUCUGCUGGGCUUCUGUAACUUGGGAUACAACUGCAAGAGGGUGCACAGGUGCAAAGGAAGGAAAUUCAUCAACUGGAUAGGUAUUCUUCCCAAAUUUUAUUUGGACCACAUCUUAGUGAAUCAGCGGUUGUAUUCCCACCUGUAUGCCAACCAGAGGAAGCUUGCCCCCGACAUGAGCAAAUUGAAGGACGCCUUGAUUGUCCUUAGUGGGGAGAAGUUCCCCGAAAAGGGGACUCUCUCUCCCCAUUCAAACAGUUUGAAAAAUGAUAAGGAGCUUUUCCCAACAGAUGACACAUCAGUGAGGAAUUCAGACCACCUCCAGCGUGGAGCCAACAACGAUACAUAUAGGCACCUAGCAGGAGGCUUCCCCCUCCAACUGGAUGACCAAAAUGAGAGACUUGACGGGGGUAAAAAUUACCUAAAUGCGUCUACCCCACAAAACAGCGGCAGGAACUACCCCCUCAAAAGGGGAGAUGGUGGAGGUACUAACAGCUUCGAAGAUUUUCUCCCCUCAGGGGAUAACAUCCCAAUGACCGGUCGCCAUAACGAAAGAGGGUUUACACACAAACAGGGGGGGGGUACCAAUGCAGAUAUGAGGAACCAAGAAAACCUGAUGAGCAUCCCAAAUAUAUACGAUGCAAAUAAUGAAGUAGUCCCAAGUGAAAAAAUAAAAAUUUUUAUAAUCAAGUGUAAUCAAAUUUGUCAUUUAUACCUAUCCAUUUUGUAUGGAGUUUGGGCCACUGGAAAAAACAACACGAGGAAAUUUACCAGCCUGUUCAAAGAGAACUACACCAUCGUCUUCCUCUUCUCCGUUAACGAAAGUGGAGGCUUUCAAGGCUAUGCAAAGAUGGUAACUGUGCCUAUAAAAAAUCUGUAUGAAAAUCUAUGGGGACCCAUAACGAAGAGGCUGGGGGGCAAUUUUCGCAUCCAGUGGGUGAAAAUCGCAAAAAUUGACUUUGACGCGUUUAAAAAUAUGACCAAUCCGUUUAACGACAAUUUGCCUUUGAAGAAGAGCAGAGACGGAACUGAGUUGCCUUUCAACUUGGCCUCCAUCAUAUGCCACAGGAUUUAUGCCCUUCCAAGUGAGGACUUCCUCGCGGGCACCAUUUAUGAGUACAAGCGGCGCAUAAACCACGCCGCGUUCUUCGAGAACUUGCGCAAGCAGGGCCUGCUCAACAGCAACACUGUUUGGGACAUGCGCAUCUUCAGCCUCAACCAGCAGUCCGACUGCCAGCGCAUCACCUUCGUCGACGGCACGGAGCAGGUCAUAGGGUAG